CUCGGCGGCAGUGACGUCGGCUGAUUCCAAUGCAGUAACCAACUCGGCGAACGAUGAGGUGACAACAUCAUUGGACUCGGGGGCAGUGACGUCGGCUGAUUCCAAUGCGGUAACCAGCUCGGCAAAUGUUGAGUCAACAACAUCUUCAGACUCGGCGGCAGUGACGUCGGCUGAUUCCAACGCGGUAACCAACUUGGUUACGAUGGACUCCAACUCGGCGAUGGCAAAUGCUACCGAUGAACCUUCACCUGGUGCAGCAACAGAAGUAGUGGCCGUUGCUGCGAAUUCUACAGCCUCGAGUGAUAUCGAAACGACGACAACACCUCAGUCAACAACUCCACAACUCAUAGACGAGUGUACAGCUGGUUUAGAUGAGUGCGGCCCAUACACCACGUGCGUCGACACUCCAACCUCAUACACGUGCUCCUGCGUUACUGGUUACGAGGCACUUAAUGAAACAUUUUGCCAGGAUAUUGAUGAGUGUUCCAACAGUCCCUGCAAUGAGCAUGCCAACUGCACCAAUGUUGUUGGCUCCUACCUUUGCACAUGCCAGGGUGGAUUCUUCGGAGACGGCGCAACAUGCACAGAUGUGAACGAAUGUGAUAACCCGAGCCUGUUCACCUGCCCUCCGGACAGCACGUGCAACAACAUCGACGGGUCCUACAACUGCACCUGCGACGCUGGCUACGGUUCCUCCAACGAGACGUGCGUGGACAUCGACGAAUGCACUACGAUGACGGACACGUGCCACGUGAAUGCCACCUGCACAAACAACGUUGGCAGCUACACCUGUGCUUGCACCUCAGGAUUUCAGGGCAACGGUGUCCUGUGUGUAGACGUCGAUGAAUGUUCUACUGGUGAAGCUUCCUGCCCAUCGCUCUCACAUUGCGUCAAUACUGUUGGCGGCUACCGGUGCGACUGCAAUGGAGGUUACGAGAAGAAUAACACAGGCGCAUGUGUUGAUAUGAAUGAAUGCAACGACGCGGCAAGCUGCCCGGAUAACUCCACAUGCACCAACACCAUCGGAUCGUUCACCUGUACUUGCAAUUCUGGUUUCACUGUGAACGGAAACCUAUGCUCUGAUAUUGACGAAUGUGCGCUGUCUGUCGACGACUGUUCCCAGAAUUGCGCUAACACUGUGGGGAGCUUUAGCUGCAGCUGUGAUUCUGGAUUCACCCUGGCAGUGGACAUGGUUAGCUGUGAAUCUUCUGCUAACUGCACGGACGCUAAUUUCUGUGGGCCAAAUGCUGUUUGCUUCGUCAAUGAAACAACGUCUGGGAAUACCACUUUCUUCAAUGACACGUGCAGAUGCAACCAGGGAUUUGCAGCAAUCAAUGCCACCCAUUGUGAAGAUAUUGACGAGUGUAAUUCUACCGAUGCUUGUGACGACACCAACGGCAUGUGUAUCAACACCGAUGGCGGAUAUAACUGUUCGUGUGCAUCUGGGUACCAGCUGGCAAGCGAUCUGAGAAAUUGUCUUGAUGUUGAUGAAUGCUUGCUGAACACGGACAAUUGCGACAGCAAUGCAAUGUGUACCAACACCAACGGUGGCUUCAAUUGCACCUGUAACGGAGGCUACGAAGGAAAUGGAACAUCCUGCACGAAUAUCGAUGAAUGCAGCUUGAAUACGGAUGACUGUUCAGCGAAUGCAACCUGUGCGGACACUGCGGGCUCAUUUACCUGUACCUGUGUAGCAGGAUUUGCUGGGAACGGUGUAGAUUGCUUCGAUAUAAACGAAUGCAGUACACCUGGUCAGUGUCAUGCUGAGGCCGAGUGCAUCAACACGGUGGGCUCCUAUGAAUGCGUUUGCAAUUCGGGCUACACAGGCGACGGACAGAACUGUUCAGACGUGAACGAGUGCGACACCAUGUCGAGCUGUGCCAACUUCAGCCAGUGUACCAACACCGAUGGGGCCUACUACUGCGAGUGUGACGCCGGCUACCGCGGCGACGCCAAGGUGUCGUGCACGGACAUCGACGAAUGCACCGAGAACCCAACUCUGUGUCACGCCAAUGGGGUGUGUAGCAACACGGCUGGCAGCUACGGGUGCCAGUGUCAGACUGGAUACUACGGAGAUGGAGUGACAUCAUGCACAGAUAUCAACGAAUGCACCACUUUCCAGCUGGAGUACAGACACAGCUGCGACGCCCUGGCAACGUGCUCGAACAAUGACGGUUCCUAUACGUGCAGCUGCAACACUGGUUACCAAGGCAACGGAAUGGACGGCCAGUGCCAGAAUGUUGAUGAAUGCACUGCUGGUAUCGAUUCGUGUGACGCCAACGCCCUCUGCACAGAUACCGCAGGGUCGUACACGUGUAGUUGCAAUGCGGGCUACACAGGAGACGGAAACACUUGCACAGAUAUUGACGAGUGUUUCGUCAAGUCUGACAACUGCUCGGACACUGAGAAAUGCGUCAACACCGUCGGUGGAUUCUCUUGCAACUGCCGAACUAACUACUUCCGUGUCAGUGGAGUAUGCACAGCAUCUGCAUCUCGCAAUCUUGUGGUGGUCUUCGCCCAGAUCCGGGGCACGUCAGCCGUCGAUAAUCUGGCGACCGUGGACACUACAGCUAACCGCGAAGCACUGGCAGGCGAUGUGUUUACGCAACUGAAUUCCUCAGCGAUCAUUCGUCUUGACCUGCUGGGAGUGGCUGUCACCGCUAUGUCCAACGUCACAAACGGAACGUCGGUGACCUUCGGUGUUGAUCUCCUCUCGUCAACUGUUCUGACGGAGGCCCAAGUGUCGCAAGCGUUUGUAGAUGGGCUGACAGGUGCCGAGAAUAACACCGUUGCCCCGAACAGCUUGAUCAAGACUGGAUCCACGCCCUCGGUAACCGUGCCAGAUAUAAACCCAUGUGAGGAAGGUACCGAUAACUGCUAUGCUCUGAACUACGACCAGUGCGUCUUCGAUGGUAACAACGCCUUCAGUUGCAUGACAUGUCUGACGGGUUAUGCGACGCCCUCUGUUGCUGGCGAGGCUUGCACAGAGAUCUUCCCUUGUCAGAACAGCAGCGUGGUUCAAGCCUGUAACGACUUAGGCUUUGUAGAUUGUGUGCACGACGGACCAGGUCAGUCGCAUUGUGAGAACUGCUUAGGAGGAUGGACUAUGGUGGGAGACCAGUGCGAGCGACUGAAGAAGUUCGAAGGAACUGCCAAACUUGAGGAGUUCGGCGGUUCGGUUGCGGAGUACACGGAAGACCUCUCAAAUAGCUCAUCACCAGCCUUCAUAGCCUUGGCGAAUGACAUGUGCACUUUUUUGACGGCAGCAACCAGCUCCACCAACUGCCAGAUCCUGGGGUUCAGCAACGGUAGCAUCAUCGUCGAAUACAUCUUGCAGUUCCCCGAGGUCCAGAACACGAACAGCACUGACUUGUCCAGCGCCAUCGUCUCUGCCGCCAGUUUCACGGUUUCUCUUUCUUUUGAUGCACAAUCGGUUUCUUUAGUCGACGUCUCCGCUUUCUGCGAAUUGAGUUCCUGCUUAAAUGGCGCCACCUGUGCUGUCAACGCAAUGAACCUGAUCGAAUGCACGUGUGCAACAGGCUACUCAGGAAGUGACUGCGGCACAGUUAUCACAACUCCAGAAGUUGGUGUAAGCUUAGUCACUGAAUCUGCCGUCACGCCGACAGCCGUGGCAAGCACGGGCCUGAGCACCGGAGCGAUAGUCGGCAUCGCGGUGGGCGCGGUAGUCGCCGCCGUCAUCGUCGUAGUCGUCAUUGCGCUGGUGGUGGUAAAAUGCAGCGGGAAGAGCAAGGUCGGCGCUCGUCAGGACCCGGAUGAAAUCCCACUGAGAGAAAACUAAAGGGAGGUUCCAGAGAUUUCCUAGUAAAAACGCAGUUUCGUACAACCCACCUCCCCCAACGAGUCCAAAAUGUGAGGGGCGCCAGUGAGGUACAGUUGCGCUCCCUUGUGCUAUUCUGUACGUGGUUGUAGGUCGUUUCUUUGAGUGUUAUUUUGGAAAGAGCGCAUGACAAGAUACAAUUUCGAAGUAACGACUGCGGCUGAUUGCACUGUCCUUGUACAUACAAGUUUUAUCUCAAUGACAUUGUAAUAUAAACGGUUAACAUGAAUUUCUACGAUUUCCACUCGUGAGUCCCAUUGUAUUUGAUCACUUUAAUAAACCUUUUUUAUUUUUCCGCCUACUUGGAAAUAUUUACACUGCGCUAAGCAUUGUCUGUUACAAAUUUGAAAUCGUAGUCAACGUCAGUAUCGGUGAAUUAAGCUGUUUCGGGGUCGGAUGGGUGGAUAAAGUUGCCAAUAAUUUAUCUCCAUUUUUUUAAAAAUAAAUCAUUAUGUACAUGAUGUUCGUUCUUGUAUUCAUUCACCGGGAAGCUUCUGUAAAUUGUUUUUAAAAAGUGCAUGCUGUUUUUCAGUCGUUGUAUAUAUUAUUUUUAAAAUGUGUGCGUUCAACACCUUGUCAUUUAAACUGCGAAAUCUUGCAGUAGCGAGUUUCUUGGUUUGUCGUUUAACAAAGUUUAAAUUAUUGAAGUGUCUUCAAAACAAUGUCAUUGGCAGAAAACCAGUUGGUAGGUUUUGCUUAUGCGAGUUUGUUAAAGCGUGAGAUGAAUUAAUAAUAAAAUGUGACGCUGGCUGGUUGGGAUAAAGGCCUUGCCUGUUUUUAAGUUUGUGAAUAAAGCCAAUAAAAAGAGUCUUAACACUGAAGAGAAACAAGA